AAUAAGUCUAAAAUAUAUAUUUACGAUUACUUAGGAUUUUUAUAAGAAAUAUAAUAAUCAAAUAUUGUGUACCAAAUAAAGAUAUCAACGAACUAUAUUUUAGCAGGUGCUUGCGUAGGUUUUAGGUUGUGUACAUCGCUUGAGUGACGCGUCCUAAACAACAGCAAUGUGGGAAAUGUAAAAUUGUUAUAUUUUUACCAGGAUUUAUUUUUUCCUUUGGAUUACGUAAAUAAAAAUGUCGGACGCAGUUAUCAAAACUGUCGGAAGAAAACUAAAAUAUUAUUUUGAUGUGAAAAGAUUAGAAGAUGGAUUUGAUUUAUCUGGAGUACACAGUCCACAACUUGAUCAUCCCCCAUUAAAAUCUAGACCGACACUACAGUAUGAUGGACUACAUGACAGAGCACUCAAGCAUUACUUCAGCUUACCAGAAGUUAGAGUUAGACUUACAAAGAUGGAUUUGGGAGAAGAAUUUGCCAGAGAAGAGUAUGUAAAGGGAAAACUAAAGAAAACCAUGAUACGCUAUAAUUUUCUGCCUACAGCACAAGACGAGGAAGUUUUUCCUCGGAAAAAGCGUGUGAAGUCAGCUGGGCCUUCUACCUUACCUGAAUACUGUUACAUAGAUACAAAAGAUGGCAGAAGACUGAAGAAAGAAAUGAUAGAAUUUCAAUCCUGGUAUAAAGAUCAACAGAGAAAUAAACCUUUAAAGGGAGGAUGGCCUAUUUUGAGAAGUGUACCACCAAGAAACUUGUCAAAAGGAGAAGCUCAUCGACUUGUAAAUGCAGCUACCAAAAUUUUAAUAGCUACAGAAGCAGUAGAUGGUGUAAUGCCUCCAAAACCUAAAAAGAGACCUCAGUCAGCACCAAGUCCAUUUGAGACCAAUAAGUCUUUACCGAGUUCAGAACAGCAUGGCAAGAAGAAGUUACGUCCAACACCUGGAAAAUACACAUGGGACAUUCAUGGAAGGAGGCAUCGUAAUGUUAGAGUAAAGGGUAGAAGUCGUGAUGAUAGUGGUGACAGUGCUUACACUACAAGGACAAAUUCAAUGUCAUCAGAUUAUCAGAGAAGGAAAAUUGCAAGAGAUGAAUACAAGCCAAGACCCCCACCGCCAAAGGAAGAAAGGGAGGAUCAACGAAUAAAUGAUGUGUUUUUAACCCCUUCAGUUAAACCCCAUCAGAAAAGACGAAUUCAUAUCAUAAACAGGGAUGAACCUGUUGACGAUGAAGUACUGAGGAAUUAUGGAACACAGACUCAAGAUAAUGUUGGGGUACAAACAGAGAAAAGAUUAAUUGAAGAGUAUGAUCAGGAUGAGGAUGAGGUUAAACAGGGUGACUGGGGAGAGUAUCAAAUCUACGUCAAAACUGGUGAAAACAUUGGUGCUAGUACAAAGGCUGAUAUUAAACUUACUGUGUAUGGUGAUAAAGGAAGAUCUAAAGAAUUCUAUCUGGACAGAUCUAAACGACAUAAAAUUACAUUCCAGAAAGGGAAGGAAGAUCUAUUUAUGAAAGCUUUCCCACAUGUUGGUAAAUUAAAGAAAAUCAGAAUAGGACAUGAUAGAACUGAACUUAGUUAUGCAUGGUUUUUAGAGAGUGUAACAAUAUAUGAUAUGAGAGACAAGAGAGUAUAUGAUUUCCCAUGUAGUCAAUGGUUGUCAGGUCAGGACGGGGAUAGGAACACAUACAGGGUCUUACCAUUGACAAAUGAUAGAGCAUUUAUAGAAAAAUUUGAAGAGGAGAGUGAUUCUGAGGAUCAUAGAAGACGUCGUUCCAGCUCUUCGUCCUCAUCAUCUUCAUCUAGCGACUCAGAAGGGAAACUGGAUAAAAAUAAAAGUACUAAAGUUAGUAUAUUAGUGCGACGAAGUAGCAAAGCUAAAGAUGGAUCUGAGUCAGACUCUUCAACAUCUAGUAGCUCCAGUAGCUCAACUGAAACUAAUGAAAAUACCAAGAAAAAAAGCUUAGGGAGGCCACUCUCUCCUUUAAAGAAACCUGAAGAAGAUGACUUUUUCGAUACAAGGGGGCAAGGGCCUACAACUUUUACAUUCAAAGAGCGUGUUACAGAGGACAGGAAACGUGAUGAUUCUUCAACAACGGAUACCAGCACAACACCAAAACACGUAUCUGUAGAUACAUCAUCAGAAACUGAAAGUAAUUCAACAAAACCAGAACAAGAAUUCAUUCAUGGAUAUAAGGUUGGUCUAGAAGCUGUACAAGAGGAGGGAAGAAAGAAAAAGGAUGAAGAAAAUGAAGAUAGAAAGAAAGUGUUACGAGGUCCAACUAUCCAUAGUGCUGCAAAAAUUGGAAGUUUGAAACGGGUCCAAGAACUACUGCAAUAUUUUCCAGAAAUGAUUUCACAACGAGAUGAGAAGGGAAUGACUCCUUUACAUAUAGCAACAAAGCAUGGGCAGUUAGAAGUUGUGAAAUGGUUAGCAGUCAAUGGAUCCAGUUUGAAUGAGGAGACCCCUACAGGAUAUACACCAAUACACUUAGCUGCUAUGUCUGGCCAUGUUAAUUGUUUAAUGGUCCUGGCAGCUCUAGGUGCAGCAAUCACAUGUCGAUCAGCUGACAAGAAAACUCCCCUGUAUCUAGCAGCAAUGGAGGGACAUUUAGAGUGCGUUAAGUGGUUAAUUGCAAAUAGAGCCAGACUUGAUGUUAGAGAUGACAUGGGCCGUACACCACGACAGGUUGCUGAGGAAUAUCGGCACAAAGCAGUGGCAGAUUUCCUUAAAGCUUGUGAGGAUGAAAUGAAAGACCCUAACAGUGGAUUUGCUCAAAUGAGAACAAACGAUCAGAAUGAGAAUGGAAGUUCCAGUCCCAAAGAAACCAAGGACAUGUGGAAAGAUGAUGAGGACUCCUCCAAGUUGGCAGAUAGCUCGUCAGAAGAUGAAAAAUCACGCUCUAGUCAGAAAGAAUUAGAGGAAAAGAGAAAACUGUAUGAAGAACAACACAAUAAAAUGGAAAAGACCGGAGAAUCCUUUCUAGACAGUAUAAGAGAUGAAGUUGAAUCUUAAUUACUUUUAUAAUAGUUAUUCUCUGACAUUCUAUCAGGUUUUUGGUAAGAUGUUAUAAAGAAGAAAUGUUACGCUUUUUAAUACUUUAGUAGACAAGCUUGCCAAACAUGUUUGACAAAAUUUAUUGGAAUAUUAUUGUUAUGGUAUAUUGUUAAACUUUAUUUUCUGACUUGAUAUGAUUGUUGAAUAGUGUGUAGCUGCUACUGCCAGUAUGUUGAUAAGUUAUAUGUUACAUGAGUCCGUCCAUCAUACUAUUUGUUAACCAGGAGCAGAUUAUAGGGAGGUCAUAUAGCGUCCGGUAGAUUGGGAUAUUGUUUUUGUUUUGUAAAAUCCAUGUAAAAAAUGCCUAGAACUAUUAAUACAUUUAAUAUACGACUACUUAUAGACGUUUUACAUAAUCACAACUAAAGCAUGAAUUUUAUCAGGGUCUUUAUAUAAUUGUGUAUAAAAAGAAUUAAAUUGUGACAAAUGCAAAAGAACUAAAACUUUAAAAACGCAUAAAUUAUAUUACUCGUUAAAAUAAUGGAAAAUAAUUGGAAAAGCGUUAAGAAAUUUAUAAUUUUGUAAAUUUUUUAUUUUAAAACUUAUGAAAUCUUUUCUGUCUUAAUUUAACUUUUUAAUAUACACCUAAUAUGAUAAAACUGUUUGAUCUUUAGAAAUAUUUUUAUAAUGAAGUUUUCAACUCAUGUUUUGGGCAAAAUAUGCAGAAGAUUUUAAUGCAUUAUGAGAUAUUUUGAUGAACGAAGCAUUUUUAGUAUUAAUAUUGUACCAUAUUUUAACAAUCUACACAAAGUUUUAUGUUAACCUUCUAUAAUCAAUUUACUACCCAUUCACAUUUCAUUUCCAUUCUUUGUUUUUAAUAUUAAGAUGAACCAAAGAAACUGUCCAUUGUUUGUUAUUCAAGGGAGAUAACUAUCACUUUUGAAGAACUAUUUUUUAUGCCAGGGGAGAUAAUUAUCUUAUUUGAACAAUUUGUUUGGUAUUCAGGGGAGAUCACUAAAUCAUUGAAGUACCAUUUGCUUGGAACAAGGAGAUAAAUAUCUCAAUUGAAAUACCAUUUGUUUGUGCUCAAGGAUAUGAGGCCAAAAUAAAUUUUAUUGCUAGAUGUAUUGCAACCAGACUUAAAGUAGACAUUACACUGUAUAUAUCAGCACUCAAUCAUUAUUAUCUAGUAAGAAUUUAAGGUGGCCUUAAAGCAAAUCUGUGAUAUAAGUAAUUACAUUAGUAUUUAUGAUUGAUUUUAUUGAGUACUGAGUAUAAAAUGUAAACGAUAAAAUAAGUAUAUAGCUGGAAAUAAAAAGAAAGUGAAUUUUUACCUUUUUGUCUGAAUUUCAUUUGUGUUUGUUUGUACAAUGUAUAAAUUAUGUACAAAAAAGUUUUUUUAGGGAAAGGGUUAGACAUUUUGGUGAGGGAAAAGUGCAAAUUAAAUAAUUCUGAACUAGCAUUUAUUUAUUUGUGUCAAUAUUAAUUCAUAGUACAUGUACUUCAUUUUAUUUGAGGUUAUGCUGUGACCUAUAUUGUUGGUGAUAAAACAGUAUAUUUGGUUUAUUAUAACACAUUACAAGCUUUUUAGAAUUAAAAAUAUCACAUAAUUUACACAGUGUAUUAUUAUAUGAUACCAAAAUAUAGUUUUUCUUAUAGAAAGUAAAAUAAAGGGGAUAAAAUCAUUUCAUUUGAAUCAUCAGUAAAUAAGUAGAACAUACUCUGUUGUUAAGAAGUGAAUAUAUUAAUGGAUUAAUGAAUUUGUGUGUUGUUGUUAGUAUGAAGAACACUUCAAUUGUUGCAGAAUGUGAAAACGUAUAUUGCACUAUAUAUGUGUAAUAUAACAACCUUGCAACCAUAUAAAAGAGUUUUUAAUUAGAGUGUUCUUUGUGGAAAUUUUAGUUGAAUUAGAAACAAUAAAGCUAAUGAAAAUAUAAAGAAGUGAAUUGUGUUUUAUAGCAACUAAAUCUACUGAAUUUUAGACAGUGAUAUGUUUAUCCGAGUUUUCUUUUUAAAGAUUUGUUUUUGCUAUAUUUUUUAUAGAGUACACUGUUAAAAUAUUGAUUUUGCUAUUUUUUUAUUAACCAUUUUUGAAUUUAAGAUAGUUUUAAGCUUCUCUGAAAUAUAUCAAAUUUAUAUCAAUACAGACAUUCCUAUCUGCAGUCAAAACUAUUAAUGUACAAUUGUUCAAUUGCUAAACAAAUCGUGUAUUACAUACAUGUACACAUUUGUUUGCUGAACAAAUCGUGUACUACAUACAUGUACACAUUUGUUUACUUUAUCUCCUGAAUGUUUCAGCAUCACAUGAGAUUGAAGUUUCAGUCUACGUUCUUUUUUUAGCUCUACAUUUUUUGUAUUAUGUUAUUUAUUAAUUAUUCCAGCUAUUCUUUCGUCUGUAGUUGAGACAUGUUAACUGUGAUAUGAUUUCAUCGUAGAUAUUGUUCUAAAAAAAGAGAAUCUGAAUAAAAAAGAAAAUUCA